UCGCUUCUUUCCGCCAUUACUCCUACUCCAUCUCGUGUCUCAUAGUUGAACGACUCGAGUAGGUUUUGCAUAUCGCUAGCCCUCCAACUAAUAGCAGCAUCCUUGCCUCCCUUCCUCCCAGCACCUUGUCAAGUUCUUAUGAUUUUAGAUUGCAGUACUUGUUUACAAUUUUAAUUAACGACAAUCCAAUUGCUUUUUUCCCUUCGUGUUUUCAUACUCCUGCCACCUGCUCUGUCACCUUGAAUCUAGUAAUGGCUGCGAGGCAGCCCACAUCGUGGGAUGAGUACCAUCACAGGGCUUCACCAGGCCGGAGUGACAGUCCGUCGUCUAUUGGAAACCAAAGUGACCCUUCCGAAGACCAAGCCCUAUUGGGCGAUUAUCACAAUGAAUACGAUGAAGAUCGCCCGCGCCCAAGACGAAGAUCGUCUGUAACGAACCGCCUCGCUGCGCUGACUGAUAUGGGCGGCGUCAACAGUAUCAGAUCUUUUAGUAGGAGCUGGCAACGAGCCGCCGUCUUCCCCGAAAUCAUACCCCAGCAACCGCCCUUCGUAUUUGCUCCCGACCAAGAGCCGGUUCAGACGGUGGACCCUAGUCCGUAUAAUAGGCGUGACAUUGAAGCAGGUCCUAGAACUUCGCUUCUAAGGCGAGAUCUCGUAGAAGGUCAUUUGCCUGAUGCCGUCGAUCACGAAGAGUCGGGACCAGAAGGGAUAUCCCCAUCGCGAACUGAAGGUCAAGAAGGUGAACGAAAGCGCUUAGGGAGCGAAAUUUAUAGAGGAGCUUCCCCAUCUGGCUCAGUUCGUAGCAACUCCAUAUUCUCUGUGCCACCACAUUUGUCCGUGAGUCCUCUGGUUGGUAGCUAUGGCUCGAUUCGGAGUUAUGGCACUGUUGAGUCAGCGGCUACUCAUUCCUCCAUGGUUCACGCUGCGGACCUGUGGCGCCAACAACGGGAAUCAGGCGCCAACGCACCCGACGGAGAACGCCCGCCUAUAUUUGUCAAAGAAGUUGAACAGGAAGGGAGAAUAGUGCUAGCGGUGUCUGGCCAAUCAACUUUACCCCAAACUGUUGUGAACUCUACUAAUGUAUUAAUUGGUGUUGGCUUACUGAGUCUACCUAUGGGGUUGAAGUAUGCUGGUUGGAUCUGUGGGCUCAUCGCACUGGCUCUUUGCGCCGCGGUGACCAGCUGGACAGCCCGAUUAUUAGCGAAAUGCAUGGAUCUCGACCAUUCCAUGAUUACCUUUUCUGACAUAGCCUUCAUCUCCUUCGGCAGGAGAGCUCGCAUCAUGACAGCAAUGUUAUUCACCCUGGAAUUGCUUGCAGCUUGCGUUGCCCUCAUCGUGCUUUUCGCCGACUCGCUGGCACUCUUAUUUCCGGGUACAUUGAGUGUGACAGAAUGGAAAGUUGUUUGUACUUUGAUCAUGAUACCUCUUCAAUUUGCUCCUCUGUCAGUUCUGUCAUUCACUAGUUUCAUCGGGGUGGUCUCCUGCUUAAGUAUUGCCAUCAUUGUUAUACUGGACGGCUUAUUGAAAACACACGCCCCCGGCUCUCUCAUCGAGCCUGCAACGACGUAUCUAUUUCCUGAAAACUGGUUGACUUUACCUCUAUCCUUUGGGCUUCUCAUGUCCCCCUGGGGUGGGCACAGCGUGUUUCCCAAUAUAUACCGCGACAUGCGACAUCCGUAUCGCUACAAAGAGGCGGUCACAUACACAUUUAGCUUCACUAUGAUAGUAGACAGUGCAGUAGCUGUCAUAGGGCUGAUCAUGUUUGGGGAGGGAGUUCGUGAGGAGAUCACAAGUAACAUUCUCGAAAUUUCUGGAUACCCUAAUAUUUUGAAUGUUCUUCUUGUGAUCUUCAUCGCGAUCAUCCCCCUAACGAAAGUCCCAUUAAACUCUCAACCAAUUGUCGCCACGUUGGAAGUGAUAUUCGGUCUUCGCCAGCAAGUUGUCGCGGGAGAAACACCCCUAGUCGGGCUCUCCAGUGGCUCACGAGGAAUUCUCAAAGCUCUUGUCCGAAUUUUGACGCUUCUAGUCUUUCUAGGAAUCGCCAUUCUCUUCCCAGCAUUUGACACCAUAAUGGCAUUUAUGGGUAGCGCUCUUUGUUUCACUAUUUGUGUAACGCUCCCCUUGGCCUUCUAUUUGAAGCUAUUCGGUCACGAAAUUAGCGUGCGGGAGCGAAUUUUUACUUGGACUGUCAUGCUCAUAUCUCUUACCUUAUCUAUCAUUGGAACAGUGUGGGCAUUCCUACCCAAAGAGCUUAUAGGGGCAAAUUGAUGAUAUGUAGAUAGGCAUUUUGGGGAUGUUGUAACGACAUUCAAUAGUUAGCAGGAAAAGGGUUGAUAUCCAUAUAUACAUUCACAAAAGCAUAGCGUCGAUCAGCAGAAAAUCAUCGCAUCUUGUUAGGAAAAUUUGGGGUUCUGCGGAUAUUGAAAUAGGGCACUGAAAAGUUAUUGUUUUAGCAUGGACUGGGAAAAGGGGGUGGUGAGAAAGGGGGGGUAAUGCGUAAUCAUGUACUUAACCUACGAAGUACUUGGAAAUCUAAGUAUGAUGUCUUUAAUG